UCGUCGCUCGAAAGUCUCAGUAUUACUCCGAAAGCGCGAUUGUUGGCUACGUGUCUAUACAUAAACCUUUCUUGCGAUUCUAUCGACUCGUUUAUUCUGUGUUUUCACGUCAUUACAUAGGACUGUUCCGAGUUGUUGCGGUCACAUGCUCGAAAAGACAUACUCCAAAGAAUUUAAGAUUCGGAAAGGAUAUCGCUUAUCCCUAAAUUUGCCAUUUGCUGAAGUCUGCCAUAGAUAACCUCUGCACAAAUAUUCAUCGAAGUCACCAAAUUUUCUUUGUGUUUUGUAUAUAUUUGGUAUUUUUAAUGGGUGGAAAAAUUUUGUCAUAAUGUUAUAAAAAACAGAAACCGAAUCAAGAAGUUUUCUAUCAACAACUUUCAAUAAAAAUGGUAGACUGUCGAUUCAAACUUAAAUUGAGAAAGUCACCAUCGUCUUACAGUGCUCUGCAUUCAAAAGCUACAAUCGACUCAUUAGACGAUGAUUGUUUAAUUCAUAUUUUCGAGUUCCUUUCCAUUGCAGACAGAGUGAAAAUUGAGAGAGUAUGCAAACGUUGGCAAACAAUCAGUAUGGAAUCGUGGCGUCAGUGUCGGAUACUGAGCCCAGACAAGGUUUCAUGGGGACUCAAAAAGGGAAAUGGAAAUUUAGUCAUGGAUGCGAAAGCCAUUUACAAUGUGCUAACAAGAUGCGGAUUUUAUCUGAAAUAUCUUGAAUUCUUCGGCUACCUUGACGAAUUGGUAACGUUAGGAAAUAAGAUUGGAUCGAUGUGCCCAAAUCUUGAAACUAUUUAUUUGUGUGGAGUCUCAAGUCUUAGUAUACAAAACUUAUCUGAAUAUUGUACUAAUAUCAAAGAAUUAGGAUUGAGGGAUAUUUUUGAAACAUUCGACAAUGAACUAUCGUUUCUAUUUGAAAAAAAUAAGAACCUGACGAAGAUGACAUUUUAUUCUAUAUGUGGUAUAUCGAACGGAAAAUUUUUCCUUAAUUUACCUUUUGAAUCAUUGAAAACACUCAGUAUAUUUAACUGUGAUUUUUCUUCAUUUUACGUUAAUCAAGGGAUUAGAAAAUUAAAAAAUUUAUCCGAACUAUCAUUUGAUUACUGUGAAAAUUUUGAUGAUGACUCGAUGGAAGCUAUUUGCAAUUUGACAAAUUUGAAAGAGAUUCACAUGGGUAUUUUUCCAGGAAAAAUAAGAUCAUGCAAAUAUAUGACGAGGUUGAAUAAUCUAAUAAGCAUAGAACUAUCAUCAAGUGAUCUCGUCAACAACGAACUUAUCCUUGCUCUGUGUAAGAAUUGUCGUCUGUUGUCAGAUGUCAAUAUCAGUGAGAGCAGAGUAACCGAUGAGGGUGUUCAUUGUUUAACAUCACUGCCAUACCUUCAGCGCCUAAAUAUUAAUCACCUGAAGAUUCACGAUGAAGCUGUGCAUCCUAUGCCAAAUUUGAAACAAUUUGAAUGUUUUAUGUGUCAAGAAUUGUCGGAUAAAUGUUUCAGUAUGCUUUUAGAUACUUCAAAAAAUCUCGAGUUACUUAACGUUGGUUGCUGUAAUGUUACCAAUUCAACUGUGAAAAAAGCUGUUGAUGUGACUAAGUUGAGAAUGAAUAACGUUAUUCUGUAUAUGUAUAUUUGGGGAACCAAAAUUAAAUUUGACGAAAUAACUGAAACGUCGCCACUGCUAAGACUCCUUCGCUUGAAAAGGGACAUUAAGGCCAAAAAUUACUUAUAACUUAUAAGUUCAUUCUUGUAAUAUAUUCUAUAAAUUUUAUAUUUCAUUUGUGAAAAAAUUGUAACUAUCAUUUUAACCUCGUACUUCAUUCAUAAAUUUUAAUCACUUUGUGUAAUUAUAUAAUAAAAAUGA